CCGGCCCCUGGGGCCCUGAGGCCUCCCUCCCCGCCUCUCCGGACUGGCUGGGCUGGGCUCAGACGGCUGCACCGCAGGUUGGCGAGAGCUGAAGGGAGGGAGCGAGGGAGGGCCUGAGCUGAGGCCCGGACCGGCGCAGGCGGGAGCUGGACCCAGAGCUCCCGCGGCCGCCCCUUCCCUGGGCUGGGUCAUGCGCUGCCCCAAGUGCCUUCUCUGCCUGUCAGCGCUGCUCACGCUCCUGGGCCUCAAGGUGUACAUCGAGUGGACAUCUGAGUCUUGGCUAAGCAAGGCCUACCGGGGACCCCAGGGCACCCCACUGGGCCCCACACCAGCCACCCCCGAGCCCACCCUGCCGGCUAACCUCUCUGCCCGUCUGGGCCAGACCAGCCCGCUGCUCUCUGCAUACUGGAACCAGCAGCAGUGGCGGCUGGGGUCCCUGCCCAGUGGGGACAGCGCUGAGGCAGGGGGCUGCCGGGCUUGGGGGGCUGCCGCUGCUGCAGAGAUCCCAGACUUCGCCUCCUACCCCAAGGACCUCCGCCGCUUCUUGCUGUCGGCGGCCUGCCGGAAUUUCCCCCAGUGGCUGCCUAGAAGUGGUGGCGGCCAAGUGGCCGACUGCUCAGGUACGGACGUCCCCUACCUUCUGUUGGCCAUCAAGUCGGAACCAGGGCGCUUUGCAGAGCGACAGGCCGUGAGGGAGACGUGGGGCAGUCCGGUUCCUGGGGUCCGGCUGCUCUUCCUGCUCGGGUCACCAGAGGGUGAGAGGGGGCCUGACCUGAGCUCCCUGGUGGCCUGGGAGAGUCGCCGCUACAGUGACCUGCUACUCUGGGACUUCCUCGACGUCCCCUUCAAUCGGACGCUCAAAGACUUGCUGCUGCUGGCCUGGCUGGACCGACACUGCCCGGGCGUGAGCUUCGUCCUGCAGGCUCAGGAUGAUGCCUUCGUGCACACACGGGCCCUUCUGGACCACCUGCGGGCCCUGCCCCCUAGAUGGGCCCGAAGCCUCUACCUGGGUGAGGUCUUUACCCAGGCCAGACCCCUGCGGAAGCCCAGAGGACCCUUCUACGUGCCUAGAUCCUUCUUUAAAGGUGAAUACCCGGCCUAUGCCAGUGGCGGCGGCUAUGUCAUUGCUGGGCGCCUGGCACCCUGGCUGCUGCGGGCAGCGGCCCGUGUGGCCCCCUUCCCCUUCGACGAUGUCUACACUGGCCUGUGCUUCCGGGCCCUGGGCCUGGCACCAAGGGACCACAAAGGCUUCCUCACAGCCUGGCCAGCAGACCGCACUGCUGAAGCCUGUGCUCUCCGGGACCUGCUGCUGCUGCGGCCCCUCAGCCCCCAGGGUAGCAUUCGGCUCUGGAAACAGCUGCAGGAGCCUCAGCUCCAGUGCUGAGCCUGGCGGAGCUGAGGAGAGGAGGGCAGCACAGACCUGGCUGCACCUCGGUGCUGGUCUCUCACUCAGCCUCUCCUUCUGGGCCUCAGCGUGAAGGAGGAAUUCUAGAACCGUGACUGCCUGAGCCCCUCCUAGGUCCUCCCGGGCCAGGGGACGGGGCAGCCGGAGGGAACAGACUGUUUGUGUCUACUUUUUGUGUUUGAAAAACACGCACUCCCCACUCUGA